UAAAAGCAUAAAAAGUAAAUAAGCCUUCACAGUUCUAUGGUUCUCAUUCUGCUUCUUGGUACUUGAUGUUCUUCUUCUUCCUCUGCCAUCCAUAUCGGGUUCAUAACGCAAACUCUGUCCAAAAUCACCGCUUGAUGCUCUUUAUCUUUUCCAAUCUUAUCCAAAUUCUUCCCUUCAAUUCUCUUCACUCUUUUUUCUGCGCCGAAAUGGGUCUAAUCUUGAAUAUAAUCUUGAAUCAUAAUGUGCAAUCUUCAUCGGUUACGUGUCCUUAAAAUUGGAUUCUUUUCUAUCCAUGAGUUCAAUUGGGUUAUCCGUUUCAAUCCAGUUUUCGUAACAGUUUGAUACACACACUCAUAUAUAUAUAUUCUCUGUUGAUUUUGAUUUUUUUUUUCUUUUUGGGCACUUUCACGUUUUCUUUCUGAUAAGGGGGUAGAAAAGAAGGCUGCGACUUUUUCAAAGGGUUGAUUAGAAAUGGUGUCAGGGAGCGACCCAGUUGAGUCUUUUUUCAAUUCCGUUCAAGUUGUGAAGGAUUCGCUGUCGCCACUUGAAGUGGGUAUUCGCAAGGCGGCGAAGGAUCUUGAGCAUUGUUUGGCAGGGUCAAAGAACAAGGUAAACAAUGGUGUUUGUUUGAUUGCCCCAGUGAGGGAAAGUGGUGCAUUUCAGAUCUGUGAUGUGAAGAAGAAGAAAGGUUUGUCAAUGAAGGUUCCCUUGAAGGCUUUCUGGGGCAUGUUUUCACAGAAUUCAGGGAAUGGUAAUGGUAAUGGUAGUAGUAAUAUUAGAGCUCAAGUGGGCAAGGAAGAUGGACCCUCUUGCACCAAUUGCUUGCAGUUUGCUGUGACUUGGUCUUUGUUGGUUAAUGGAUUCCUUCAGUCUCUGCCACUUCCUUUCAAAUCUGGGAAGAAGAAGUGUCAGAAAGUGUGUGAUGAAGACAAGCUGUGUUCUUGCAUGAAGCCUACUGUUUCAUCAUGUGAGGUGAAGCAGAAUGAAUCCAAGGGGGGUCAGUUUGGUAGAGCAGUUAGGGAGAAGGGUGUGAGGAAGAAGGAUGGGAAAAAUGUUUCACUUGAGUGCCUUAUAGGUUUUAUCUUUGAUCAGCUAUCUCAGACUCUUCAGAGUCUUGAUCAUCAUGGGGUGCAAGAUAAUAAUGAUGACCUUGACAAUGGGAAAACUAGUCUGCCCCAACCUUCUUUUUCUCAUUUUGGUCAUGUGAAUGCACUCGCAGGUUUCUUGGAGGAGCACAAAGUAUAUGUGAAUAGCUUCUUGGGGAAUUUGAGGUUUGCAAAGGUGGGUGGUGUGCCAUCAAGUGUGCCUGGAGAAGAAAGCCCUUCAACUAACGGAGAGGGAGAUAUUAGUAGUGACAAUGGUAAUGGUAAUAAUGAAAACAAGGAUGAAACCGGAGGAAAUUCGCCGCAGAAGGUUGCCAACAACAUAUUCAGUAUUCCUCUCUCGAAUGUGGAGCGUCUAAAGUCGACACUUUCCACAGUUUCAUUGACAGAAUUGAUUGAACUGCUACCGCAGCUGGGGAGAACAUCUAAAGACCAUCCUGAUAAGAAGAAACUAAUCUCGGUACAAGAUUUCUUUAGAUACACAGAAGCUGAAGGGAGGAGGUUCUUUGAGGAGUUGGAUAGAGAUGGGGAUGGCCAAGUAACUCUGGAAGAUCUAGAAGUUGCAAUGAGAAAAAGAAAGCUGCCACGAAGAUAUGCUAAAGAAUUUAUGAGCCGUGCUAGAAGUCACUUAUUUUCCAGGUCUUUUGGUUGGAAGCAGUUCUUAUCAUUAAUGGAACAGAAGGAGCCAACAAUUCUUCGUGCAUAUACUUCUCUAUGUCUAAGCAAGUCAGGGACACUGAAGAAAAGUGAAAUAUUGGAAUCACUAAAGAAUGCAGGACUCCCUGCAAAUGAAGACAAUGCUGUUGCUAUGAUGCGAUUUCUGAAAGCAGAUACAGAAGAAUCUAUUUCAUAUGGACAUUUCCGCAAUUUCAUGCUUCUACUUCCCUCCGAUCGUCUUCAAGAAGAUCCUAGGAGUAUUUGGUUUGAAGCUGCGACAGUAGUUGCUGUUCCACCAGCUGUUGAAAUUCCUGCUGGAAGCGUUCUGAGAUCUGCAUUGGCAGGUGGCCUUUCUUGUGCCCUGUCAUGUGCGUUACUGCAUCCAGUUGAUACCAUUAAGACUCGAGUACAAGCAUCAACAAUGUCCUUCCCUGAAAUAAUUUCUAAGCUGCCAGAGAUUGGAAGGCGGGGUUUAUACAGGGGCUCAAUCCCUGCAAUUCUUGGACAGUUUUCGAGCCAUGGCUUGCGAACUGGGAUAUUUGAAGCAAGUAAAUUGGUGUUGAUAAAUGUUGCUCCUACACUGCCAGAACUCCAGGUACAAUCUGUGGCAUCAUUCUGUAGCACAUUUUUGGGAACAGCUGUGCGGAUCCCCUGUGAAGUGUUGAAGCAGAGGUUACAGGCUGGUCUUUUUGACAAUGUGGGUGAGGCUUUUGUUGCGACUUGGGAGCAGGAUGGUCUUAGGGGUUUCUUCCGUGGAACCGGAGCUACCUUGUGCCGUGAGGUUCCAUUUUAUGUUGCUGGCAUGGGGCUUUAUGCUGAAUCUAAAAAGGUUGCAGAACGACUACUAGAGCGGGAACUCGGUCCCUUGGAAACAAUUGCUGUUGGAGCUUUAUCUGGUGGCUUGGCGGCUGUUGUUACAACGCCGUUUGAUGUCAUGAAAACUAGAAUGAUGACUGCACAGGGCCGAUCUGUGUCAAUGACCUUGAUAGCCUUCUCCAUACUAAAACAUGAGGGACCCCUUGGCUUGUUCAAAGGAGCAGUACCCAGGUUCUUUUGGAUUGCUCCUCUAGGUGCUAUGAACUUUGCAGGUUAUGAGUUAGCAAAGAAGGCCAUGAAUAAAAAUGAGGAGGGCAAGGCAGGCAGUUCAGAGUAAUAUAUCUAGUUACCUGGGAUUUUGUGUCACACAGCAACCAAAUGUUUGGUUGAAUUUUUGAGUUUAUUGCAGUAAUCAUUGGAAUAAGGCCAUUGAUGCUGCUCUGAAAAUACACAUUUUGUUUCCUUUGUUCAUUUUCUACUUCUAUGAUAUUGCCCUUUGUAGCAGCAGAAUUAAAAAAUAUAUUACAUCAUAUAUUUACAAACUAAAAAGAUUCAAUUUAUUUCUUUAUCUAUUGUACAGAUUUUAAAUUUUUAA